CACAGACUACAGCAAGACAGGUUUAGUCAUACUCGUGUGCGCACCUAUGUAUAUUUUUCCAUCCUUGUCUGAAGAUCAGAAGCCUCCAGCCUAACAUGACUAAUCUUUUAUUCGCAGCUUUGCGGUUGGGAGACGUUUGAUGAUAGGUCCAUUUAUGAGUCGAUGGGCUAGACGGGUAACUGUUUAUUAAUUAAAUCAAAUUCAUACCUGUCAAGAUUCCUCAUGCUUGUGGAUCAGCAAUAGUAGUGCAGCUAAUUGAGAUCUGUAUGAUUGAGUUUUUCAUGUUCAAGAUCCGUGGGACAAGGAACUCGUGCACAGCAUUGUUCGUUGCAGGGAUGAGACAUUGUAGGUGGAACAUAUUCCUUUUGUUUUCUUUACCUAUCUCUCUAUAUAUAGCUCGUACCGAUGAGAUGGCUUCAACCACUCAACAUCUUUCUCAAUACCAAAUAGUCUACAUUCACCCUUAAAGAGUUGAUUUUGGUACAAAAAGAUGGCUGCUUUCCACUCUAGAUCAAACAGUUUCCCGUCUCAAUCUCAUCCGGUAAUGGAAAGCGUUGAAGAUCAUCUGUUGAGGUUAAAGUCCUCAGAAGCCGCAUCAAUGUCAGCCGCUUCUGUAUGCGCAAACUUGGCUAGACUCAGAGAUUUGCAUGAAAGCAUCGAUAAUCUGAUUCAGAUGUCUUCAGUCCAACAAGCCCUUUCACAGGGACAAGGCGAAAAUUGGGUAAAUGAGUUGCUUGAGGAAUCUCUAAGGCUUGUGGACCUCUGUGGAUUUUCAAGAGAUGUUGUGCGUUCAACCAAAGAAUCCAUUCAAGAUCUCGAAUCCUCCAUCAGGAGAAACAGAGGUGAAAACGCCACACGGGACGACAUCAAUGCUUAUGUAGCCUCAAGAAAGAAGAUGGACAAGAUGGUCAAGAAAUGCAUCAAGAAUUUGAAGAGCUUCAACCAAAGUGCUACACCACUCCCAGCCAUCGGGACGAUGCUCAAAGAAACGGAGGCCCUCGAUUCCUCAGUCCUAAAAUCUCUACUGAUGCUCUUGUCCGGGGAAACGGAAGGAUCAAAGCGAAGAAGUUGGUCGUUGCUUUCCAAGACGAAACGUGUACAUUCCGAGACAGAGCAAGAAAAUGGUGCUGAUCAGGAGUUGUUUUCCUUGAACAUGCACAAGUCAAGCAAAGGCAUGGACAAGAUCACACUGAAGCAACUGAAAGCAACAGAAAUGAGCAUCCAGGAACUAGAAGAGGGAUUAGAAGCCUUGUUUAGGAGUUUAGUGAAAACUAGAGUUUCUCUUCUUAAUAUUCUCAGCCAUUAGCCCUCUUUGAUCAUCAGUUUUGACCACACCAUAAUUAGAGUUGUAUAUAUAUACUUGUGCAAAUGACAUUAUAAAAGGAU